GAAUUAUACUACUCCAUUGAUUAAAACCUCUGGAGUUGUUGCAAAAUCGAAAAAUUAAGAAUAGUGUCCUUUCUUCAAAUCCUUCGUCUCUCUCCCUCUCUCCCUCCUGCAAAAGAACCCGAGCAAAUAAAAUUGUGAUUUGUUCAAGCAAUCCGUCUAGACUGUAGAAGUAUCCUCAAGCAAUCCACUGCCCGACCCUUCUUCCCAAAAUUCUUCCCACUGUAUAAAAUCUUUUCGUCUAAGUCUUCAACUAAUUUUUGCCUGGUUAUCUCCAAGAUGGAGAAACAGCAAACUGGUGGAGGUGAUAGUAACAAAGGGAGGAACUUUGAGGUGGAUCCUAAUCUUCCUAAAUGGGCCUGUCAGAACUGCCAUCAUCCUCUCUCCAUUGUUGGCGUUGUCGAUUCUUUUGGAUUACAGAGUUCAUCAAUCCAGGGAACUGGUAGUGUAUUGGCGUCCACACAUAUGGACCAUUCAUUUGUUGUGCUGAAAUCUCAGACGCCAGGUGCCCCUUCACGUUCCCGUGUUGGUGCUAUCCAGGCAGAGACAUCUCCAUUGGGAAAGAUGAUGGAUGAAUCAUUUGUGGUCUUGCCUCCAACCCCUGCUUCUGUAUAUAGGAGUGAAUCCCAUGUAGAUGGUGGUGUAACACACACACAAUCUGCAGAAGGAAGUUCCGGUAGCCAAUUAAACCCGAACACAUCUGGGUUUCAUUCAACUAUAACCGUCCUUAAACGUGCAUUUGACAUUGUAACCUCACAGACCCAGGUGGAGCAACCAUUGUGCCUCGAGUGCAUGAGGGAGGUGUCAGAUAAGCUUGAUAAGGAAGUUGAAGAUGUCAACAGGGAUAUACAAGCUUAUGAAGCUUGUCUUCAGCAUUUGGAAGGUGAAGCUCGUGAAGUUCUUACUGAGGCGGACUUCCUCAAGGAAAAAUUAAAGAUCGAGGAGGAAGAAAGGAAGCUUGAAGCUGCAAUUGAAGAAACUGAGAAGCAGUGCUCCAAAGUAAAUGCUGAACUGAAAGAAUUGGAAACGAAGUCUAGCCGUUUUAAAGAGUUGGAAGAAAGGUACUGGCACGAGUUCAAUAAUUUCCAGUUUCAAUUAAUAUCACAUCAGGAAGAAAGAGAUGCAAUAUUGGCAAAAAUUGAGGUUUCACAGGCACAUCUGGAUUUGUUGAAGCGGACAAAUGUGCUGAACGAUGCCUUUCCUAUUUGGCAUGAUGGCGAAUUUGGGACAAUAAAUAAUUUUCGACUUGGAAGACUCCCUAAAAUUCCGGUUGAGUGGGAUGAAAUAAAUGCUGCUUGGGGCCAAGCCUGCCUUCUUCUCCACACAAUGUGUCAAUAUUUCACUCCAAAAUUUCAUUACAGGAUAAAGAUUCUUCCUAUGGGAAGUUAUCCACGAAUUAUGGAUACAAGUAACAACACUUAUGACCUGUUUGGGCCCGUAAACUUGUUCUGGAGCACUCGUUAUGACAAAGCAAUGACACUAUACUUAACAUGCUUAAAGGACUUUUCCGAGUUUGCCCGGAUGAAGGAUUUGGAGAACAACAUACCUCCUGAUAAGUGCUUCAAGCUGCCAUAUAGGAUCGAAAAUGAUAAAGUGGAAGCCUAUUCAAUCACACAGAGCUUUAACAAACCAGAGAACUGGACCAAAGCUCUCAAAUACACUCUAUGCAACUUAAAAUGGGCGCUCUAUUGGUUUGUAGGUAACACGAGUUUUCAGCCUUUGUCUACUUCCUCGCAAGCUGAUGUUCCGGCUGCAGGCACUUCAUAUGUGAAGCGCAGUAACAAUUCCAAGUCUGAUUCUCGAAAUCCAACUGGUCAAUGAUUUUAUCGUCUGCGGUUUUCUACACGUUUGUAUAUACAAAUGAAUUUUUGUUUAUGUAGCUGAUCUCUACCUGUGUAUUUCUUUUGUACAGCUUUUGAAUUUCGUAUAUCAUACUUUAAAUGAAUUUUAAAUGUUUUUUUUUCUUAUCAA